AGCAGAAAAAACUAGAUGUUUUCAUUCAUUGGUUAAUCAGUUAUCUAACAGUUCGACAACUGGUCGCCAUCGUGGCUCAUAGGUCACUGUUAUAGAGUAACGAGUUAUAUUUCAAAGAAUUAUAGUUACCAUAACAUUCUCGCGUGAAUCGUCGUCAGAAGUAAUAGUAUAGAGCAACUUGAAGUUCAAGUGUUCAACAUAAAAAGUUGACCAAUUUUUUUAUUUUGGUGUUUCUUUAAAGUAACGAUUUAAUGGUAACGCUAUCCACGUGGUGUUCCAAGGCUAUGGCCUUCAGGGCCGUAAUACUAGGUGCCCCUGCUUCUGGUAAAGGAACUAUGUCAACUCGAAUUGUCAAACAUUUUAAGAUGACUCACAUAUCGAGCGGUGAUAAAUUACGACUUCAUAUGAAUAGUAACACCGAAUUGGGCAAAGCAGUUUCGAGUUACGUGUUAUCCGGUAAAUUCGUUCCUGACGAUGUAAUGAUAUCAAUGAUAAACAAAGAAAUCGAUUCGGUUGGUGACCAGAAUUGGUUGCUAGACGGAUUUCCAAGAACCUUAACGCAAGCGGAGAAACUGCAAAAAAUACAUCCAGUGAAUCUAGUCCUCUACCUUGAUGUUCCCAUCAAGGUGAUAUUAGACCGCGUGAAAAACAGGUGGAUUCAUUUGCCUAGUGGAAGAGUAUAUAACAUCGGGUUCAACAGUCCUAAAGUACCGGGUAAAGAUGACGUGACCGGUGAACCCUUAAGUAAAAGGGACGAUGAUAAGAUUGAAAUUGUACAAGAAAGGCUGAAGAGAUAUUCAGAUGCAACUGAGCCUAUUUUAAAAUUUUAUGGUAAUUUAGGACUAUUGAAUACUUUUCGAGGUAACACUACUGAUGAGUUAUGGCCACUUGUAAAACAAUCCCUUACAAAAUACUUAUCAUAGUCUUAAUUUGCUAGAACAUAUUAGUAUUUU